AUGAUCAGAAAGAGACCAAACGACAGGAGCGCCAACCGUCAACAACGGUCAACCCUUUUUCAAAAAUGCACCAACCUGAAAGCUCUCAAGCAAGUCCAUGCUUCCAUGGUCAUCCAUGGCUUCAAUUCAAACCCUUCCGCUCUCGGAGAACUCAUUUUCGCAAGCGCAAUGUCGAUUUCAGGCACCAUUGGUUAUGCCCACAAGGUGUUUGAUCAAAUUACUGAACCAAACACGUUCAUGUGGAACACUAUGAUCAGAGGCUCAGCUCAGAGCUUGAGACCACUCAAUGCGGUGGUGUUAUAUACCCGGAUGGAGAAACGGGGUUUGAGGCCCGAUGAUUUCACUUUCCCCUUUGUUCUCAAGGCCUGCAAUAAGCUUUGUUGGGUUAGAAUGGGAAUGGGGAUUCAUGGCAAGGUUGUGAGGUUUGGGUUUGAGUCAAAUGCCUCUGUGAGGAAUACCCUUAUUGAUUUUCAUGCUAAAUGUGGGGAUUUGAGGGUUGCGACCGCGCUUUUUGAUGGCUCGGCCAGGAGGGAUGUUGUGGCGUGGUCGGCAUUGACAGCGGGAUAUGCUAGAAGAGGGAAGCUGGAUGCCGCGAGGCGGCUUUUUGAUGAGAUGCCUGUUAAGGAUUUGGUUUCCUGGAAUGUGAUGAUUACUGGGUACACGAAGCAAGGGGAGAUGGAGAGUGCGAGGAAGUUGUUUGAUGAGGUUCCAAGAAGAGAUGUGGUGACUUGGAAUGCAAUGAUCGCGGGGUAUGUGCGCUGUGGGUGUGUUGAGCAGGCAUUGCAGAUGUUUGAGGAGAUGACAAGUUUGGGAGAGAAGCCUGAUGAAGUGACAAUGUUGAGUUUGUUGUCUGCUUGCGCAGAUGUUGGAGAGUUAGAAAUUGGGAAAAGACUACAUUCUUCUCUGCUAGAGCUGGGUUCGGGAGAGAUAAGCAUCAUACAUGGAAAUGCACUUAUAGAUAUGUAUUCCAAGUGUGGCAGCAUUGAAAGGGCACUUGAAGUGUUUUGGGGAAUGAGGGAGAAGGAUGUGUCUUCAUGGAAUUCAGUGAUCGGAGGGUUGGCAUUCCAUGGCCAUGCUGAAGAGUCAGUCAAUCUGUUUGAAGAGAUGCGGAGGUUGAAAGUUAGGCCUGAUGGGAUCACAUUUGUUGGAGUCUUGGUAGCUUGCAGUCAUGCUGGGAAGGUUGAAGAUGGGCGUGGAUAUUUUAGUCUCAUGAGGAAUAAGUACAAAAUUGAGCCAAACAUAAAACAUUAUGGGUGUAUGGUGGAUCUCUUAGGGCGUGCAGGGCUACUCGAUGAAGCAUUUGACUGCAUUGAAAACAUGGAGAUGCAACCCAAUGCCAUUGUUUGGAGGACUCUUCUUGGGGCUUGUAAGGUUCAUGGAAAUGUUGAGUUGGGCAGGCGUGCAAACGAGCGGCUACUUGAAAUAAGAGGAGAUGAAAGUGGAGAUUUUGUACUACUAUCAAAUAUAUAUGCUUCACGAGGUGAGUGGCAUGGGGCUGAGGAGGUGAGAAAGCUAAUGGACGACAGUGGGGUCAAGAAAGAGGCUGGCUUUAGCAUGGUUGAAGCAGAUGGUCAUGCUCUCAAGCAUUUUUUGUUGGAUUCCAAAUCUAAGUUAAACAGAUGA